AUGGAGGACAAUGCAAAUACUACAGCAGUGGAUAGUAACAUGUUCGAAGCUCCAGAGAAGGAAUUUCAGGAUGUAUUAAUUGAACAUGUAGGAGAGAAGAGUCUUGAGAAGUUAAGUGUAGAAUAUGAAAAGCUAAUUGCAGCUCUGAAGAAGUCGCAAGAGAACGAGAAGAAGUGGAUGACACAAUGCCGAGAUCUGAAAGCACAAAUAAGGUCAGACGCCAACAAACUAGAGGCAGGAUUGCAGCGAUCUCACAAAGACCAGCUCAGCAUUAGAGGACUGAGAAAGGAACUCAGCCAAACUCGUGAAAUGUUGGAUGUGGCUCAUGAGAAGGAGAAGACAGAUAAAGACACAAUUAAGACUCUACAGCAGGAAAUAGAUGAUCUUACUAUACGUGUUGAGCAAGGAGCUGCUUUAACUGCAGCUGAAGCGCGAUGUGUAAAUGAUCUAAUAAAAAUGAAGGACCAGGUAACAGCUGAGAGAGAUGAGCUUCUCUCUGAGUUAAUGACUCUCCGAGACAAUUUUGAAACGGCCACGACUAAGCAACUUGAGGCUGAGGAGGCAAACUUGAAGAAUGAAGAAGCCAUCUUGCAGCUGCAGCAGAACAUCCAAGAGUGUCAGAAUGAGUGCUUGAAGGAGAUCCAGCAGAAAGAGAAGCUGGAAGAAGAAUUAAAAGAGCUCCAUGCAGAUGUAGAAGCCCAGCUUUUGGAAAUUAAAACACUGGGCAUACAAUGUCAUGACAGCAAUGAGGAGCGGCAAAGGCUGGAGCAGCAGCUCCAGGAGCAAAAGAUUCUAAAUGAGAGAGUCUCCAAUGACCUGGAGAAGAUGCAAGUGCGUAAUACCAAACUCCAGCAUGAGAAUGAACAGAAAACGCUCAGCGUAGAGAUGCUCAAUGUGGAGAAUACUCAACAAGCAUCUGAACUUAGAAUGGUUAAAGAGAAGGUGAGUCAAAUGAACCAGGAGUUUUCAAAGCUGACUAAGAUAAGGGAGGCCACUGACAAGAAGUUACACCUGACAGAGGACCAAAAGCUGGAGGUGGAACAGCAGAGAGACACACUAAAGAAUGAGAUAACUGGUUUAAAUAAAAAAAUUGAAAUGGCACAAAAACAGGCUGACAGUGAUAAGAAAAAAAUAGAUGCUUUGGUCCGGGAAAAAGACAUGCUAAGUAACAAUGUAAAAAAGGCAGCAAAUGCCACUGAGAAGCAGUUAAACCUGGUCAAGCAGCAUGAACAGACAAAGAAGACACUGGAUCAGAAAAUUCUCAACCUCCAAAACGAGGCACAGAAGCAGGAUAAGAUCAUUUCUCAGCUGGAAAAGGAGCGGCUUUGCUACAUUAGCAAAUGCAGUAGCCUCACACAGAAAGUUUUAUCAAAUAAAGAGGAGCUUAAAGUGCAACAGGUGGAGAGUGAGGAACACAAGAAGAAGAGAGUCGAGACAGAAAAAAAGCUCAUUCAGCAACAGAAGCUCAGCGAGUCCAUCAUGGCUGAAAGCAAAAAUUGUAGCGAAAAUCUGCAUGAUGCACAAAAUAGCAUAGCAGAAUUGAAGCAUAAGGUGAAAUGCAUGAGCCAAGAAAAUGGUCAGCUUACAGAGGAGAUCAAAAGCAAAGAGGCAGCACUGGUCAAAGAGCAUCUAGAAUUCCAGCGUGUAGAGAAUGAAAAGGAAAUUCUAAAGGCUGAGCUGCAGAAAAUGAAGCAACAGGGCCAAGAGACCAAGCAGUAUAUGGACAAUCAGGAAGAACAACACAACAAGUUGCAGAAAAUCAUAGCAGAUACUGAUGCUGAGAGGGUGCAGCAGAAAAAAGAACUGGAAAACCUACUUAGUCAGAGGGACAUUCUCGGAAGUCAGAUCACACGGCGUAAUGAUGAACUGGCACUGCUUUAUGAAAAGAUUAAAAUCCAGCAGAACAUUAUGGACAAGGGCAUGGUCGAAUACAAUCAGAGGAUGGAGGACAUCCGCCUUCUCAAAAUGGAGAUCAGCAAGCUGCAGAAGGAGAAAACGGACCUACAACAGACUAUGUCUGAGAUGGAAGACCUCAGGAUAGAGCUGGACCAUGUGCAAAAGGAGCUACUUAAGGAACAAGCAAAGUGUCGAAGUUUGCAAGAAGAACUUGAAAAUCCAAUGAAUGUUCAUCGUUGGAGAAUACUGGAGGCAAGUGAUCCAAAUACCUUCGAGCUGAUUCAGAAGAUUCAUUCUCUUCAGCGGAGUCUCUUAACCAAAAAUAAAGAGCUAGCUGAGAAAGAGUCUCUGCUCCAGGAGAAUAAGAAGCUGUAUGUGCAACUAAAGCACACAUUUGAUCUUCAGCCUGGUCCAGAGGCAGCUGAACAGCUUCAGCUCUACAAGCAAAAGCUAAGGGAAAAAAACAAACAGGUCAAGGCACUGUCAGCCGAAAUUAACAUGUACAAGUCUCGGUCAGAGGAGAAAUCCUGA